AUGACGAAACAAUACAGCACCGUCCCCUCGGUCCUAUAUACCAAGAUCGACAAGCGCCCGCCGGAGAUCGUACGAAGCCACGGGAAUUACCUCGAGACCAGCGAUGGGCGAACAAUCUUCGACGCGAGCGGCGGUGCCGCGGUCGCUUGUCUAGGACACAGCGAGCCCAGGGUGAAGCAGGCGAUCAUGGACCAACUGGACCAGACGGCUUAUGUUUACUCGCCGUUCUUUACCGUACCCGCUGCUGAAGAGGUAGCUACGUAUCUGACGGAGUCGACGAACGGGGCUAUGAGCAAGGUGUUUAUUGUCAGUUCUGGCACCGAAGCGAUAGAGGCGGCGCUGAAAAUGGCGAGACAGUAUUUCACAGAAUUACCAGAACCGCAAAUGCAGAGAACGAAGUUCAUUGCACGCCGCCAGUCGUAUCAUGGGAAUACUCUAGGCUCGCUCGCAGCAGGCGGACACAAGGCGCGACGAGCGAUCUUCGAGCCGAUCCUCGCGUCGAAUACUUCACACGUUUCGCCGUGCUAUGCAUAUCGGGGUAAGAAAAAUGGUGAGAGUGAUGAACAGUAUGUUGCACUUCUUGCAGCGGAAUUAGAGCACGAAUUCCAGCAGGCUGGGCCUGGGAAUGUAUGCGCUUUUAUCGCAGAGACGAUGUGUGGCACGACAUUGGGCUGCGUCCCCGCUGUACCGGGAUACUUCAAGGCAAUGAAGGAAGUCUGCGACCGCCACGGUGCAUUGCUGAUCCUGGAUGAAGUGAUGUCUGGGAUGGGCCGUACGGGCACGUUCCACGCCUGGGAGCAGGAGGGCGUCGUUCCUGAUCUUCAGACUAUUGCGAAAGGCUUGGGCGCUGGUUACGCCCCGGUCGGUGCAUUGCUUGUUGGAUCUCGCGUGGCUGAUGCCCUGGCCGGCGGCACGGGGAGCUUUACGCACAGUCAGACGUAUCAAGGACAUCCUAUUGCGUGUGCGACGGCCUGUGCUGUGCAGAAGAUUAUAAAGGAAGACAAUUUACUUGAGAAUGUGCGAGUGCAGGGAGAAUAUCUGGGCCAACUUCUUAAUGAACGUCUAGGCGGGCAUAAGAAUGUGGGAGACGUUCGAGGGCGGGGAUUAUUCUGGGCUCUCGAGUUUGUCAAGGAUAAAACAACCAAAGAGCCGUUCCCGGUUGAGGCUGGCAUAGCACAGAAGGUGCAUCUGACAGGGCUACAGAAGGAACACUCCGUCUCAGUCAUUCCAGGGGUCGGCGUCGCUGAUGGGAGGAAUGGCGAUAUCAUCCAGAUCGCUCCAGCGUAUAAUGGUACCAAGGCAGAUAUCGAGGAGAUUGUUCGGCGAGUGGAGGGCGUCGUCAAGGCCGUCUUUGGGGAGUAG